ACGUCACAGUAUCGCUGCAAACCAGUUGCCUCCAGGUGCCGGUAGUGAUGCACUCGAACUCUGCGGACGCCGGCUGUCAGACUUCAUUUGGAGUAGGAGGUCGCUCAGCUCCCUGCAGAGGUCACCACCGCUGAACCUCAACUGACCCCAGCCAGCGCCAUCAAGUUGGACCAGGAAGCCUCCACAAUGACGUCAAUUAACGGCGCAUUGGCGGGGCCCCCCAAGGAGAGCAUGCAGUUGAAGAAGGAGAUCUCCCUCCUGAAUGGUGUCAGCCUCAUCGUGGGCAACAUGAUUGGAUCAGGCAUCUUCGUGUCCCCCAAAGGCGUGCUCUUCUACAGCGCUUCCUACGGUUUGUCGCUGGUCAUCUGGGCGGCCGGUGGUCUGUUCUCGGUGGUGGGAGCGCUGUGCUAUGCCGAGCUGGGCACCACCAUCACCAAGUCGGGGGCGUCGUACGCGUACAUCCUGGAGUCCUUCGGUGGCUUCCUGGCCUUCGUGCGCCUGUGGACCAGCCUGCUGAUCAUCGAGCCCACCAGCCAGGCCGUCAUCGCCAUCACCUUCGCCAACUACCUGGUGCAACCUCUAUUCCCCACGUGCGAGCCGCCCUACGCCGCCUCACGCCUCAUCGCCGCCGCAUGCAUAUGCCUCCUCACCUUCAUCAAUUCGGCUUAUGUGAAAUGGGGCACCCGCGUGCAGGACCUGUUCACCUACGCCAAGGUCGCCGCCCUCAUCGUCAUCAUCAUCACAGGCAUUGUCAAGUUGUUCCAAGGUUACACUGGCAACUUCGAGUCGUCCUUCCAAGGCUCCACCACAGACGCCGGCAACAUCGCUCUGGCGCUCUAUUCGGCCCUCUUUUCCUACUCAGGCUGGGACACUCUCAACUUUGUCACUGAGGAGAUCAAAGACCCCGAAAGGAACCUUCCUCUGGCCAUCGCCAUCUCCAUGCCCAUCGUCACCACCAUCUACAUACUCACCAACGUGGCCUACUACGCCGUGCUGGACAUGAGCGCCAUAUUGGCAAGUGACGCCGUGGCCGUGACUUUUGCAGACCACGCGUUAGGCAUGAUGAGCUGGACCAUCCCCAUCGCCGUGGCACUGUCCUGCUACGGUGGCCUCAACGCCUCCAUCAUUGCCGCGUCCAGGUUAUUUUUUGUGGGUUCCCGUGAGGGCCACCUUCCCGACGCCCUGUCCAUGAUCCACACGGAGAGAUUCACUCCCAUCCCCGCUCUCAUCUUCAACUGCUUGAUGUCGCUGAUCUACUUGACGGUGGAGGAUGUCUUCCAGCUCAUCAACUACUACAGCUUCAGCUACUGGUUCUUCAUGGGCUUGUCCAUCGUGGGACAGAUCUACCUGAGGUGGAAGGAACCGCAACGACACAGACCGCUCAAGCUGAGCCUGUUGUACCCGCUAGUGUUCUGCAUGUGCACCAUUUUCCUGGUGGCCGUGCCGCUCUACAGCGACACGCUCAACUCCCUGAUCGGCAUCGCCAUCGCCCUGUCGGGGUUGCCCGUCUACUUCUUGGGCGUUUACCUGCCCGAGUCCAAGCGCCCACCUGUCAUCACCAAGCUGCUGCGUUCUGUGACCCGCUGCACUCAGUACACGUGCUUCUGCGUUGUCACCGAGUCAGACAAGAGUGAGUAAAGAGACUCCACCAGCACAGUCCCGAUGCAUAAUGGUGAAACAAGAAACAAAGAGGUCUGUCUUCUUCUUGUUGAAACUUUGACUACUUUUGCGGAAUCAAGCGGGAAAAUAGUGCACUUACGUUUCUUCUUUUUAUUUAUUUACCAUUGACGCCAACGACUUGCCUUGCGGCUUCUCUUCAAGCGGUUUUCUUUGCUGUGUGUACUCAUCCAAUGAUAGUGUUCUUGUAACUUUGUAACCUGUGGGACACGGUUAACAGGUUUCAGGAUUCAUUCAGGUCAAGUUCAACGAUGCCUGCCAGACAAAUGCACUUUUUGAGCGCUUUGAUGCAACAUACACAAUAGGAACUGCUGAGGAGGAAAAAAAAACUCUUGUAUUACCGGUAUAUUGUUUAAUAAUAUAUAAACAUUGUCCCU